UUGGCAGCAUCUGGUCCCUGCCAGGCUGAGCUGACAAAAAAGCCGGGCUGCUGCGGAGGUGUCAGUGCAAGCUGGGAGCAGCGUGGAAGCAGAACGGGGAUGGUGCAAAAAAAAAAAAAAUAAUAAUCCAAACCCAAAAAACCAAACCCCAUUGCUUCAGCACAUCCUGAAAAAGCAGAUGGAUGCUGGGGAGCAGGAGCGCUUCCUGCUGGAAAAGGGAAUUUACCACCCGGAAUGGGCUGCUGCUCACCUCCAGGUAGACCUGGUUAAUGGUAAGUUGAGAGCUGCAGACUGUGCUGCCCGCCAGCGCUCACGCGUACGUACAAAAUGUGGUUUUGUUUCCAACAAGCCGUGCCUGACACCCAGCAGGCACAGGCCGGGCGUGCGGGCGCAACCGGCGAUCGAUGAGUGCCCUGGGGUGGUGGUUACAGCAGGAGUCUCCAUAGAGCCUCAGUAGUACAGGCAUUAAUUUAUAGAUAACUAAAUAUACAUGUAUUGGAGCUGCACGCUCCGAAAAAUUUUACUGAUGGGGUGUGUGACUAAGAAAAAUGUCUGGAGCCCACUGGCUUACAGCCUGGCAAAGGAGGUGAGGUGGUGGCCAAGGGACAUCAACAUUCGCAGUGGUAAUUUGCUGUGAGGAAUGUUAGUGUGGUUAAUUCUCAAAUUUACGAUCUUUGGGCAGGGGUUCCCCGCCCCGGAGGGUGGUGAGGACGCAUCUCACCGAGCGGCUCUGAAGAUCAGCCACAGCUCCCUGGCCAUGACAGCCAUUCCAUGGUGCCCUGGUGAGGGAAGCAUGGUGGGGAUGGGGGCUCUUCAGCCCUGUCACCUCACGGGAGCACCCACGGCCCCCAUGCCAUGGCCUCGCUCCACCUCGGGCUCAUGUUGCAGCCGGCUGGCAGCAUGGCGGCUGGGAGAGACGGCAGCGCUUCCAGAACCUUCCCGGGGGGCACUGAGGGGAAGAGCCACCCCUCAGGGCAGCAGGAUGGCACGCACCUUCCUCAGGUCCCGUGCCAGCCCUGAGGCAAUAACUCUGGCACGGCCACUGCCUGAGCGCCUCCAGGGAGAGACGGCCAAGAUGUCUGUGCAAGGGGCGGCAGGACCAGCCCUGAGGUGUCUUACCGCCAUUUUGAAGGCGUUGGUGAUGAGGUGGCUCCAGGCACAUCAUGGCGGACGGGGAAAAGCACUGCUCCUCAGGCUGGGGGUCUGGGCAGUGUUGGUGGUAUAUCUCCUCCCUGGGGCAGGCGGCCAUAGUCCACCACCAGGCUAUGCUGUCCAUGAGAUAGUCCGGCCGAGGAAACUGGCCCCCAGGGUGGGAAAAGCCGCAGGGGGAGAGGUGUCCUAUGUCCUCAGGGUGGAGGGGGAGAACCGCAUCGUUCACCUCACACAGAAAAGAAGACUUCUGGUGAAAAACCUGCCGGUCAUCACGUACAGCCCCAGGGGGAUGAGGGUGAUGGAGCAGCCCCACGUCCCCGAGGAGUGCUUCUACCAGGGCUAUGUGGAGGGCAGCCCUGGCUCCCUCGCCACGCUGAGCACCUGCUCGGGUCUAAGGGGGCAGCUGGAAAUCGGGAACCGGAGCUAUAGCAUCGAACCUGUGCCGGGGUCCCUCACCUUCCAGCACCUUCUCUAUCGGCGAGAGAAGACUCAGAACAAGCCCUUGAGGUGUGGAUUGACGGAUGAGGUGAUCCAAAACGACCCGGGUGGGAUGGGAGCUAAAACAGCCUUAGGAAGGCAUGACUUGUCUCAGAGACUGAAGCACACCAUGUAUGUUGAGGUAUUUGUUGUGGUGGACCGCUAUCUCUUUUCCUUCCAAGGCAGCAAUGAGACCUCCGUGAUGUUUCUGGUUACAGAUACGAUCAAUUUAUCUGAAACAUACUACUAUCCGCUGAAGAUCCGCAUCUGCCUGAUCGGGCUGGAGAUCUGGACGCACAGCAACUUCAUCAAGUACAGCCAGGAUAUAGAAGAAGUUCUUAAAAAUUUUAACGACUGGGGAAAUAGGAACCUUUCUCAGAGGAUGAAAUAUGACAUCGCACAUUUGUUUACUUACAUGGACUUCGGACUAAUCGUUGGGCUGGCGUACGUAGGUAGCAUCUGCCACCCCGGUUAUCAAUCAGGUGUUGUCUCACAUAUCCGGAGAGAUUUCAUAACCUUUUCAAUUAUUUUUACUCAUGAGCUGGGUCACAACCUGGGGAUGGAGCACGACAAAAAGGAGUGUGUGUGUGGAGAGGCCACCAAGUGCUACAUGACCGGAGACUCGCUCGAUGGCGCCAAGGCCUUCAGCAACUGCAGCCAGCAGAGCUACUUAGACCUGAUCCACCGAGGCGAUGGCGACUGCUUGCGCAACAUCCCAGAGCCCCACAGACUCUUCCAUUUUAAGCACUGUGGCAACAAGGUGAUCGAUGAAGGAGAGCAGUGUGACUGCGGGAGGCUGCAGGACUGCCGAGGCAAUCCCUGCUGUCACCAAGACUGCAGGCUGAAGCCAGGGGCCGUCUGCUCCGUUGGGCAAUGCUGUCAGAAAUGCCGCUUUCGUGCUGCAGGACACAAGUGCAGGUCGGAGGCGGAUGAGUGCGACUUGCCUGAAUAUUGCAACGGGACUUCUGCGUGGUGCCCAGAGGAUUUGCACGUGCACGACGGGACACCAUGCAGUGACGAUGGCUACUGCUACCGCGGGAAAUGUGCAACCUAUGACAACCUGUGCCGAAAAGUCUUUGGGAAGGAAGCUCGGGGUGCUCCAGAAAGUUGCUUCAAAGAGCAGAACAUAAAAGGGGAUCGAUUUGGCAACUGUGGCGGCGACGGGACCAAAGUUGCUUUUGUGGGAUGUAAACCCCAAAAUGCUCUGUGUGGAAGGCUGCAGUGUGCCAACGUGAAGAGGAUACCAGUGCUGAAGGGGUCUGAAACCAUCAUUCAGAUGCCAGGGCCUGAUGACUGGUGCUGGGGCAUAGCCUACCACGCCAGCAUCGAUACACCUGAUAUUGGAGGAGGGCUUGAUGGCACCCGAUGUGGGCCAAAAAAGAUCUGUAUUAACAGGACUUGCACAGAUGCCACGGUCAGGACCAAGUGCAAUGGGAAGGUUUUGUGUGGGGGGAAAGGGGUUUGCAACAACCUCGAACACUGCCACUGCCAAGCUGGCUGGGCUCCUCCGGACUGCCAGUUCCACGGCCUGGGAGGGAGCGUCGACAGCGGCCCUCCCCCGCCUCUCACGGUAUCCAUGGUGGAGGUUGUCCAAAAUAAAGUGUUUGGUAAGGUAAUUGGGAUGACAGUUCUCAUUGCCCUCCUGCUGAUUGCUCUCCUCGCUGCUGUAACCAAAUACAGAAAGGCAAUAGCUGCGGUUUUCUGUAUAAGUUUAGCCACAGAGAGAAGUGAGAGUCCUACAGAUGAGGAGCAGGGUAUGGAAGAAGAGGAGUAUGUUUAAAAAAAAAACCAUGAAAGCAGAGGGAAACCCACCAGCUGAGGUUGGGGAAGGACUGCAGGCCCUGUGGGUACACGCUUGAAGCUGGCCUGCUAGUCUCAGAUUUUGGACAAGGUGAUUCACACAAUGUGAUGGUGUAAACUCUACGAAAAUUAACUACACAAAA